GUUCCAAGCUUCGACAAUACUCACUACCCCGAGGCCCUGAUAACUAUAAGUAACACUGCAACCUGUCUGUAGAUCGUAGACUUCUCUGGUAGCAUCGACCACGUGCAUCAAUCUCCUUGUCUUCCUCCUCCUCCCCGACCCAAUUGGGCUCAAUCCUUUCAACCUCUUUCUCUCCUUCUCCUCCUCCUUUCUUCUUCCUCCUUCCCAUUCGUGGUCAUGGCGAGCAAGUCAAUUGAUCAGCCAACAAAAGACCUUGCCAUUGAUGGUCGAUCGUCCAUUCAAGGGUUUGCCCACCAUGCCGAGGACAUCGCUGAUGGCCGGGAGCCCUACGGUCCACCCGGUAUCAAGGGUCUCAUGGCCAAUCCCUUUGUGCUUCUAUGCGCCGGGUGCUCAACACUGGGAGGUCUUCUCUUCGGAUACGACCAGGGAGUGGUCUCCGUAAUUCUUGUCAUGAACCAAUUCCUCCAGCGUUUCCCCGAAGUAGCGGAAGGACACUCAGGGGCUGGGUUCUGGAAGGGGUUGAUGACGGCGAUGAUUGAGUUGGGCGCGCUCAUUGGCGCCUUGAACCAGGGCUGGAUCGCGGACAAGAUCUCCCGGCGGUACUCCAUCAUCGUUGCCGUGAUUAUCUUCUUGAUCGGAUCUAUCCUGCAGACGGCGGCGAUGGACUAUGCCAUGUUGACGGUCGCUCGGUUGAUUGGCGGUCUGGGCAUCGGAAUGUUAUCCAUGGUGGCUCCGUUGUACAUCUCAGAGAUUAGUCCUCCUGAGUGUCGCGGUACCCUCUUAGUGCUAGAAGAAUUCUUCAUUGUGCUCGGAAUUGUCAUCGCGUACUGGAUCACUUAUGGCACUCGAUACAUGGCGGGCGAAUGGGCCUGGCGACUGCCGUUCUUGCUGCAGAUGGUUCCCGCGGUUGUUCUGGUGGCCGGGGUCAUUGUUCUGCCUUUCUCUCCGCGAUGGCUCGUCUCGAAAGGAAGAGAGGAGGAAGCCUUGCACAGCCUAUCGCGACUGCGCCAACUGCCCGCAACGGACAAGCGCGUCCGCCAGGAAUUCAUGGACAUCAAAGCUGAAGUGCGCUUCCACCAGGAGAUGAAUGCGCAGAAGCACCCCAGCCUCCAAGGAGGCAGCCUGAAAGAUUCGCUGUUGCUGGAGAUGGCGUGUUGGGCGGACUGUUUCAAGAGCGGCUGCUGGCGGAGAACCCACGUGGGCGUUAUGCUGAUGUUCUUCCAGCAGUUCGUGGGAAUCAACGCAUUGAUCUACUACUCGCCUACCCUUUUCGAAACCAUGGGCCUAGACUACGACAUGCAACUCCUCAUGUCCGGAAUUCUGAACGUUCUGCAGCUGGUCGGCGUGGCCACGACAAUCUGGACAAUGGAUAGCAUCGGCCGUAGGCCCUUGCUCCUUUGGGGUGCAGCUAUCAUGGCGCUCUGCCACAUCAUCAUCUCCGUGCUGGUCGGUCUCUACUCGGACAAUUGGCCCGCGCACCGAGGACCCGGCUGGGCCAGCGUGGCCCUGCUCUUCGUGUACAUGAUUGCGUUUGGAGGAUCUAUCGGCCCCGUCGGCUGGGCUAUGCCUUCCGAGAUCUUCCCCUCGUCCCUCCGCGCGAAGGGUGUGGCCCUUUCCACCUGUUCCAACUGGCUCAAUAACUUCAUCAUCGGCCUCAUCACUCCUCCACUCAUCCAAGACACAGGCUACGGAGCCUACGUCUUCUUUGCCGUCUUCUGCGUCCUCACCUUCCUGUGGACCUUUUUCUUCGUCCCCGAGACGAAAGGCCGCACCCUCGAGCAGAUGGACCACAUCUUCAAGGAUAAUUCCAGCGAAGCUGACCGGGAUCUCCGACGGGCGGUCGAGGCUCGGAUCCUGCAGGAAGAGGAGGGUCAGGUUGUUUCUGUUUGA